AUGUUGCGAACGUCGAUUCGAUCCGUGAGGGUGCUCGGCCACAGGCCUGCGGCGGCCGUUGUUGGCCGCCAAUGGCAGCCCGCCGCCGCCGCCGCCGUCCGCCGGAGACACUUUGCCGAUGACAAGAAGCCUGUUGUUGACCCGUCCAGACCAGCUGCCCUACCGACCACCGAGACCGUCACCGCCGAGAAGAGCGCCGUUCCCGAAGUGGGAGCCGCCGAGCCGACGAUCCCCAAGGCGGAAGUUCCUCUCACUCCCCCGACCCCCGACACCACAGCCGCUGCCGCUGCCGCACCUCCGCCUCGGUCUCCCGCUGCCGCCGCCCCCAAGAAGAAGGGCUUCUUCCGCCGACUGAGAAACCUGGUCUUGACCCUUGCCCUCCUCGGUGCCAUCGGCUUCGGCGGCGGCGUCUGGUACUCGCGCAUCAACGACAGCUUCCACGACUUCUUCACCGAGUACGUUCCCUUUGGCGAGCAGGCCGUCCUCUACUUCGAGGAGGCCGACUUCCGCAAGCGCUUCCCCAACAUCACCAACAAGCUCAAGGGAAGAGACACGGGCAGCCAAGUCACCGUCCCCGCCCAGAGCGGCGCCUCUUGGAGGGUUGCCGACAACGGCGAGCCCGCCGGUCGCCAAUCGAGCGCCGUCGGAAAGGCCGCCGCCAAGGUCGUCGCCGUCAAGGAGGAGCAGCACAAGCCGGUCCAGAAGCCCAAGGUGGUGCCAGAGCCCCCCAAGCCCGCUCCCGAGCCCGUAAAGGAGACCAGGCCUGCCGCUGCCGCGCCCGAGCGAGGCACGACUGAUUUCAAGCCCCCCGAAGUCAACGAGCCUUCGCGCUUCCCCCCCAUCGCCCCGAUCGACCCUCUGAAGAUCGAGGACGCCACCGAGCCCGUCGUCCAGGACCUCGUGCACAUGCUCAACGACAUCAUCACCGUCAUCAACGCCGACAAGGCCCACGGCCGCUACUACCCCACCAUCGACAAGGCCAAGGGCGAGCUCGGCAAGGUCGGAAGCAAGAUCAAGGCCAUCAAGUCCUCGGUCGAGCAGGAGGCCGCCUCCGAGGUGCAGUCCAAGGUUGCCGACUUCGACAAGGCCGCCAACGACCUCAUUGCCCGGGUCGAGUCGGCCAUGGUUGCCCAGGAGGCGCAGUGGCGCAACGAGUUCGAGGACGAGAUGAACAAGGUCAAGGCGAGCUACGACGAGCGCGUCAAGCUCGUGCUGGAGCGCGAGAGGCAGCUCAACGAGGAGCGCCUCAACAACCAGCUGCUGGAGCAGGCGCUGGCGCUGAAGAAGGAGUUCGUCUCCGAGGUGCAGAAGCACGUCGAAUCCGAGCGCGAGGGCCGCCUCGGCAAGCUGGACGAGCUGUCGGCCGCCGUGGCCGACCUCGAGAAGCUCACGACGGGCUGGAACGAGGUGGUGGACACCAACGUCCGCACCCAGCAGCUCCACGUCGCCGUCGACGCCGCCCGCGCCAGCCUCGAGAACGCCACCCACCCCAAGCCCUUCACGCGCGAGCUCGUCGCCCUCAAGGAGAUUGCCGGCGAGGACCCGGUCGUCAACGCCGCCAUCGCCUCCAUCAACCCGGCCGCCUACCAGCGUGGCCUCUCCAACGCGGCACAGCUCAUUGACAGAUUCCGCAUAGUCGCCGGCGAGGUCCGCAAGGCGUCGCUCCUGCCCGAGGACGCCGGCGUCGCCAGCCACGCUUCCAGCUACCUCCUCAGCAAGGUCAUGUUCAAGAAGCAGGGCCUGGCCGACGGCGAUGACGUCGAGAGCAUCUUGACGCGCACCCAGACUCUCUUGGAGGAGGGCAACCUGGACGCCGCCGCGCGUGAGAUGAACGGUCUUCAGGGCUGGGCGAAGACGCUGAGCAGAGACUGGCUCGGCGAGGUGAGGAAGGUUCUCGAGGUUCAGCAAGCCCUUGAUGUCAUUGCGACAGAAGCGCGCCUACAGACUCUCAAGCUGGAAUAA